AUAGAUUGGAUAGAGUACUGAUUUGCUUGUUGGAGUACUAAUCUUAUUUUGUAGGUGCCUCGAAUUUCGGUACACCUCAUCCGAACUCCGCAGAUCUUGACCUUCGAAUCUUACGAUCAAACACAUUAAGAGCCCUUAUUUUAUGAUAUUAAGGAAAGAUUAUUUGGUUAUUUAUUAAAUCAGAGGGCGAAAUAAUAUCCAUUUGGCGAUUUUCUGGAAAUCUGAACCAGAUAGAGACUGCUUGGGAAGACACGUAACGAUAGAAUUCUAUAAUAUUUAAUAAUCAUGGGGAACAAAUCCACGACUCAUUCUCUUCCCCUGUUGUGGACUUUUCCUUGUUUCACUCGGUUCUCUCUCUUGGCCCCUUUUCACACCAAAAACCAGCCAUUUGCUACAAGAUUGUCCCUUCUGCUUGUCAAUUACCUUUGAAAUUUAAUAUCUUUUUUGUUGGGCGUUUACUGUUUCUAUACCUCUAAUUUCUUUUUUGAGUUUUUGGGUUAUUUUUGAAAUGGGUUUUUGGGUUGGUGAGCUGAAUUUUAGCUGCCUUGUAUUGACUUCCCCUAGAUCAUGGGGAGCUCGUCGUGUCCUUCAAUGUUCUCAAACCUCUGUUCUGGAUCCUGCUAUGCUCUUUAAGGUUGUCAAUAUUGAGGUUUCUGUUGUUCAGCGAAUGCAUUUCAAAUUUCGACACAAGUUUGGACAUAUAUGAUAGCUCAAUUUCUUCGUAGUGGGGUUCAGUGUCCAAGAUUUCCAAGAGAAUUCAGAAUUUUUCCUUCAUCUGGGGUCAAGAGGGAAACUGAAAAUCUAAUGAAUCCAUUUUGGAUAUCAUACCAAAGAAAACACUGAAAAUCUGGACUUGAAAUGAGGGAAUCAGCUUUUGGAGGGGACUGACUAUGAAGUGUUUCUAUUUAUUCAACAACGAGAGAAAUGUUGAGCCAAGGACUACGACGAAAUCUAUUUCGAUUCUCUCCUCGGCCUCUAAUUCGACGUCGAUGAAUCAAGAUCUUAAGAUGUUUGACUCUGAUUUGAAUUCUCAGAAUGUCUCAGAAGUCAGUGCAGCAUCUUCCGCUAAAUCUUUUGCAGCUUUGUCUCAGAGACAGAGUAAUCUUAGGGAGUUCACAUUCUCAGAUUUGAAAGCAGCCACAAAGAAUUUCAGCCGCUCACUCAUGAUUGGAGAAGGAGGAUUUGGUAGUGUCUACAGAGGGGCCAUUCGCAACACAGAAGAUCCAUAUAAAAGAAUAGAUAUUGCUGUUAAGCAAUUGAGUAGAAGAGGAUUGCAGGGUCACAAGGAAUGGGUGACAGAAGUUAACUUUUUGGGCGUCGUUGAACAUCCCAAUCUCGUCAAGUUACUUGGCUACUGUGCAGAGGAUGAUGAAAGAGGGAUCCAGCGAUUACUCGUGUACGAAUAUAUGCCGAAUCGGAGUGUGCAGGAUCAUUUAUCAAGCAGGUUUCAUAGUUCUCUUCCAUGGGCAAUAAGAAUGAAAAUAGCACAGGAUACUGCUCGUGGCUUGGCAUAUCUACAUGAAGGAAUGGAUUUCCAGAUAAUAUUUAGGGAUUUCAAGUCUUCAAAUAUACUUCUGGAUGACAAGUGGAAUGCUAAGUUGUCUGACUUUGGAUUGGCCAGGCUUGGGCCUUCAGAUGGAUUAAGUCACGUCUCUACGGCGAUUGUAGGAACAAUUGGAUAUGCAGCUCCUGAAUACCUUCAAACCGGACGACUCACAGCAAAAAUCGAUGUAUGGAGCUAUGGCGUUUUCCUGUAUGAACUGAUUACUGGUAGGCGUCCCCUAGAUCGGAACCGCCCCAAAGGCGAGCAAAAGCUCUUGGAUUGGGUCAGACUGCACCUAUCCGACUUAAAGAAGUUCGAGCUGAUACUGGACCCAAGACUUGAAGGUAAGUAUUCUAUUAAAGCUGCCUAUAAACUAGCAGCUGUAGCUAACCGCUGUUUGGUUCGGAAGGCUGCGGUGCGCCCCAAAAUGAGCGAGGUCACGGAGAUGGUAAAUCGAAUUGUAGAAGGGAGUGAUCUUGGAAGCCCUCAGCUUCCAGUAAAGAGCUCGACUUCUAACGACGAUUCUGUAGAAUCAAAAGGUGAACCUUUGACAAAACGGAUUAUGAAUCCAUUUAUUGGAGAGAAUGGUUGUUUGAUUUGCCUAGCAUGGAGACCCAAAGUUGUGAAAACUUGUUGAACAACCUCGAGAGGAAUGACACUGUGCCUCUUUUGAAAAGAAAUUUACUUGUGUAAAGAAUCACUGCUUCUUGAACUGCUGGAUCAAGUACAGUAGUUUUGUUAUGGAAAAAUUAGCUCAAUUGGUGGUGUUUUCUUGAGGUGUCCAAAA